CUCCUCUACUCUCCUCCGGCGAUGAUGCCCGAAACCCUAAUCCCGCCGCCGCCACCCUCUGAUCCCCGCUAGAUCUAGGGUUUGGUUCCCUCUUGUUCCCCGGUAGCCGUAGCCGUCUCCUUCCUCGGUUCUGCUAACUCGUCACGCUCCCCCCGCUUGAAUCCGUCGCGUCUCUGCUCAUCUUCAGAUCCGAUGCUUGCGAUUUCCCCCCUAUGGAUGAUUGAUGGCUUCUGAAAUAAAGCACAUUGGAAAGCUAUCCUGUAGCAACAUGGAUUCUAGUGCCCCCCAUACUUCGCUUAUACAUGGUCUUCCUGAUGAGAUUGCUCUUCUUUGCUUAGCGAGAGUUCCACGGAGAUAUCAUAAUGUUCUCAGGUGUGUCUCGAGGAAAUGGAGGGCACUGCUAUCCAGUGAAGAGUGGCAUUGUUGCCGCAAGAGGAAUAACUUGGAUGAGUCCUGGAUAUAUGUGAUUUGUAGGGGUACAGGCAUCAAAUGCUAUGUACUGGCUCCUGAUCCUGCAACCCGUUCCUUGAAAAUUAUGCAAGUGAUGGAGCCCCCUUGCUCAUCUAGGGAAGGCAUUUCCAUUGAGACAUUGGACAGGAGAUUAUUUCUUUUGGGUGGUUGUAGCUGGCUAAAAGAUGCUAAUGAUGAGGUGUAUUGUUACGAUGCUUCUUCAAAUUGCUGGAGCAGUGUAGCUCCAAUGCCUACUGCUAGGUGUUAUUUUGUUUCAGCAACUCUGGACAAGAAACUUUACAUUACUGGUGGACUUGGUUUGACAGACAAGUCACCAAAUUCAUGGGACAUCUAUGAUCCAGCCACAAACUCGUGGUGUGCGCACAAGAAUCCAAUGCUCACUCCUGACAUUGUAAAAUUCGUGGCAUUGGAUGGGGAGUUGGUAACUGUUCACAAGGCUGCCUGGAACAGAAUGUAUUUUGCAGGUAUAUAUGAUCCAUUAUGCCGAACUUGGAGGGGCACUGAGAAUGAAAUUGCCAUGUGUUGGUCAGGAUCAACAGUAGUUGUGGAUGGAACACUCUACAUGUUGGAGCAGUCGCUCGGCACAAAGCUGAUGAUGUGGCAGAAGGACAAGAAGGAGUGGGCCAUGCUUGGUAGGCUAUCUGACAAGUUUACAAGGCCGCCUUGCGAGCUCGUAGCGAUUGGGAGAAAAAUUUAUGUGAUUGGAAGAGGGUUGAGUAUAGUGACAAUUGACCUGGAUACUGUCAGGGCAGAUGGGUUCUUGGUGUCCUCUUCCACAGGCCCAUUGGUGGAGCAUGACUUCCCACCUGAGAGAUGCCGCGUUAUCAGCAUCUGAAGGCAUCAGCUUCACGGUAUACUGUCCAGAGUUUCGCACCUGAUUUAACUGUGGGUUGAUGGAUGCACAUACGAAAUAAGGCAAUCCUCUUAGCCAUAUUACUCGAGAGGAAAUGCCCUGUACUAAUUGGUUGUGAUUUGUUAGUAGUAUUUUUGCUGUAUCUCCGACUUUGUAUGUAACAAAGGAAGUCGGAGGUUCAGUUUGUUUAUUUCACACCUGUACGUAUUCAGAUGUUCUUGUUCAUACUUCAUGAAUGCGAUGUGCCCUGUGAUUAUUGUAUUUUGUGCUGAUAGCAAUAUGCCAAUAUAGCGAGAAAAUUAACUA